CGGCGAUUGGUCCCGCAGUGAAUCAGUCAUACGGAUAUUCUAGCCAAUCGUCUGAUCGGAAAAGUUCAACAGAUGUUGCGGAACAUAGAAACACGCUAUUGGAAGUUAGCUAGCUAGCCAGGAUGAUAACGUAGCUAGCUAUCAUAUUUCAGCACAUCGAGGAAGCUAAUUAAUUUAUCGCCAUGGACACACGUCGGACAGCAGGACGAGGCAGCACCACAUGUGUUUUCAUGGCGUUAGUUGUAGCGACGUGUCUUGAAACCAUUCGUGCUUUCGGCCACAGUCAAGACAGCGAAUUCACCUUUAUCUUACCAGCCGGAAGAACCGAGUGCUUUUUCCAAACGGCUGCGAAGAACGUUACCAUGGAAGUGGAGUAUCAGGUGAUAGCCGGUGCAGGUAUGGAUGUAGAUUUCACCAUUCUCUCUCCUCACGGAUUCCAGCUCAUCUCUGAGUUCCGCCGCUCAGACGGAGUCCACAUUGUGGAACCCACGGAGGAAGGAGACUACCAGAUCUGUUUUGACAACAGCUUCAGCCGCUUCUCUGAGAAGAUGGUCUUCUUUGAGGUCAUCAUCGAGGGACAGCCGGGCGACGUGGGCGGGGAUGACGAGUGGGCGGGGCUUGGAGAGCCUGAGAGCCUAUUGGAGUACAAGCUGGAGGACAUCAGGGAGUCAAUAGACUCAGUACACCGUCGGCUAGAGAGAAGUCGUCAGAUGCAGACGGUACUGAGAGCGUUUGAGGCCAGGGACCGUAACCUGCUAGAAGACAACCUGUGGAGGGUCUCCUUCUGGUCCUGUACCAGUCUCAUUGUAAUGCUGGGGGUCGCACUAACUCAGGUCUAUACCGUCCGCAGACUGUUUGACGAUAAGAGGCGUGUCUGUACAUAAAGACACGCCCACUCCGCCACCUCACAGCCAAUCAGGGGAAGAGAAGAGAGAAGACGAGGAGGAAGCAGAAGAGUAAAUGAUCUGCGUCACAAAUUGCACCUUAUUCCUUAUCUAGAUCCCA